CCUUCUUAUCUGUUUUUCUUGGAGAUGUCAGCUACUAUUUGGGUUUCCUCAUGCAUUCAAUCUCUGCAACGAAGAAGAGAACCAUUUGACAUCACUCCUCCGCCUUUGAGAUUUCUCAAUCGUUUAUCAUCUUCUUACAUUAGAAUUAGAACAGCCCCUUUACUUGCAAACUCUUCGAUUCUUCCGAAUAAAUUCCAUGUGAUUUGCAGCAGGAUUACUUCACCCGGCGCUUCGAGCGUAGAUGAUCUUACUCAGGAUCUCGAUUUGCCCAUUUCAAUCCAACUCCAAUCCAUUGUAACCGAAGCACAGUUUGAUGAGAUCAUUUCAGAGACUCAGCAGCCCUACGAUGCAGUUAUUAUUCUCUGGAUGGCAAACUGGUGCAGGAAGUGCAUAUACUUGAAACCGAAAUUGGAAAAAUUGGCAGCAGAAUACCAGCCGAGGUUUGGGUUACUCCCUCUACUAAUCAACAAAAUCAGGUUCUACAGUGUUGAUGUCAAUAAGGUCCCACACAGGCUUGUUUCUCGUGCAGGAGUCACUAAGAUGCCAACCAUACAGUUGUGGAAAGAUGCCAAGAAACAAGCUGAGGUGAUUGGAGGCCACAAAGCAUAUUUGGUGGUUAAUGAAAUCCGUGAAAUGAUCGAAGAUGAGUGUUCUGUGUAAUCUAUUGUUUCAUGGGUUUGCUUUUAUUUUUUAAGCCUCAGUUAUUUCAAAAGCAAGUUUGUAUAUAGUCUGUUUUUGAGAGUAAUCCCUUUCUCUACAAGAGUGAACAAAGCACAAUUAUCGGAAGGAAUGUAUACUUUGUUACUUUUGAUUGUUAAUUAUCAUCUUUUGAAAAAGAGGAACACUGGAAGAAGCCAAA